AUCUCAAUCCCUCUUCCUCCCUGUUGGUGCCUUUUUCUUUCUAAUUUGCGCCGGCAAGCUGCUGUACUGUGAUUCGAUUCAAUUCAAUUCAAUUCGAUUCUAUAAUGGGAUCCGGAGAAGUACGUUAUGUGAUCGCACAGAACGCGUACAUCAAGCUCAUCCUCCAUGCCAUCAAGCACAAGACCUCGGCCGUCAACGGUAUACUCCUUGGCCGCUUCUCCAGUAGCAGCGACACCGACCCUCUUGUGGAGAUUACCGACUCUGUCCCCCUAUUCCACUCUCAGAUCGGCCUCCUCCCUCCCCUCGAAAUCGCAUUGAAUAUGACAGAAGAGUUCUACUCCGCUCAAGGACUCAGUAUUGUCGGUUACUUCCAUGCUAACGAGAGAUUCGAUGAUUUCGAGCUAAGUAAUGUUGCCAAGAACAUUGGGGAUCAGAUACAUCGCUACUUCCCCCAAUCUGCCCUGCUUCUGUUGGAUAAUAAAAAGCUUGAAGCUUUGCCAAAAAGCAAGGAAAGAAGCCCUGUGAUGCAGCUUUAUUCAAGAGAUGCUUCAAGGUGGAAGUUGCUGGGAUCUGGUGAUGGUAGCAGCAGCAGAUUCACCACAAAGGAACCAACAGCAAACAUAUUACUAUUGGAUUACAUUUCAUCAGAAAAGUGGAAUGAUAUAGUUGACUUUGAUGAUCACCUGGAUGAUAUCAGCAAGGAUUGGGUGAAUGCAGACUUGUUCUCCAAGUAAUUUCUUGUAAGCUGUUGUUGGUUAUAAACUGUCUCGUUUCAGUUGCCACUGCUUGAUAUGGGGGGGAUUUCCAUAUUUAAGACAGACAGACAGACUUUACUUUUGGUGUAACUUAAUUAGACUUUAUUAUAUUUUUAUCUAUUCUGUGGCAAUUCAUUCCUUGGUAGUUUUGUUGAAGAAAUUAGCCAAGCUGCUGGAACUGUAACUUGAGAUCUCAUUUGGUGGUAAGAGAUAAUGUUGAGCACUUUUGUUUUCUCCA